CAGAAAUUGUAACGAAGGGCCGAUCUUCGUCAAUGAGUUUGUAGCGAUGUGUGUGUGGCGUGUGCAGUGUGCUAUACAUUGUAAAUAUGUUUGUCGAUAGUUAACUGUGUAAGUGGAGUGUUAAACGAUAAGGGAAUGUGGAUAAUGCAAGAUAAUAGCUCCAUUUUAUUAUGAAUUGAUGUCAGGUGAUUUAAUCAAACAGUUUUUAGGAUGCACCUGCAGAAGGCCCAGCUUAUUGGGCUCUCCUUUCUUAUAGCAUGUUUAGGCCUUAUGCUUGUAUCCGAGACAUGUCUGGCCAUCAUUCUGGCCACCCUGUUGACUGCCAUAUCUGUGGUGCUUGGGAUUUGGUUUGUAAUUUGGGUGCACAUCCUGCUCUCUUUGAAUCAUAAGACUGGCUCACAUAUUGAACAUGUCCAGAAGGAGAUGAAUCUAUUUCGCAGCAAACUCAUGUAUGAUGGUGGGUCUACAACCAAAUCGAAUCAGGACCAUCUGCCUGUCAUCUUGGGCAGAACUAUUGACAAUGUCCUUCAACAGCUGAUUGACAAUUUUAUCAGAGAUUUCAUUGCAUUCUAUUUGAACCAAUACACUUAUGGAAUAUCCAAAUUAUCUGAUAACAUCAAGGAGGAUAUGUGGGGUGCAAUACAGAACCUUCAUGAUCGUCUUUCCCGAAUGGAUCACGUAACUUUGAUCGCAUGCGAUAUGAUCACAAAGAUCGAGAUGCACUUUGAAAGGAUUCGCGAGGCCAAGACUCUAGUGGCUGAAAGUAACCAUCAACCAUUAUUUAAGGUAUCUCCGUUCCUGAUGUCGCAGGAUCACGAACUGAACUACUUGCGUCAGAUUUCUGAGCUAUUCAUAAUGUUUCUGCUGCCAAGAAGCUAUUCCCUGCCACCUGCCAAAUACUUCCUUAGAGAAAUCUUAGCCUGUCGAGUGCUAUACACUUUGGUAAACAACAUAACCGAUCCGGAUUUCUUCAAUCAGUACGUGAUCGUGUACAUAGAGUCGCAGAAGGUGGCCAAUUUGAUGCACAGAAAGACGUUCGAGUAUGCCAAUACGUUUGAGGAAUUUCUGAAGAUCAUCCAAAAGACUGACGAUUUGGAAAUCUUAAAGAGAUUCCGAUACGAUAUCGUCACGAAGAUCAUGCAGGCGACGACGUUACAAAACAUGAAGCGCGCUAAAGGUAUCGAUCCCGAUAACGACAAGAGCGGCAUUAAUAAAUCUGAGAUCAACGAGGCGAAGAAGUUGAAGAGAUACUUGGAUCAACUGCAGUCCGCGAAGAAGGAAUGCGAGAAGCGGUUAAUGGAUCUGGGUUGGGACGCUGGCGUGCAGCAUCACAUUUUACCUUUGAACUCGAUUUUAGACCACAUAUUGGGACGUAGAUAUUUGGCCAAUUUCCUAGAGACGAUGGCCAGCCAGGGUUUGGUCGGAUAUUGGACGGCGGUGGAGGAUCUGAGAGUGGCGCAUCGCAAGAAUUGGCAUCAGGUCGGCGCCGAGAUCUUCUACACGUUCAUACGAAAUCCGCAGGCGGAAAUCAAGGUGGAUAAAACGACAAGGAAACGAAUGGAAGCGUUUCUGUUGGGCGACAAAGGUCCGGAGGUUUUCUACGAGGUGCAGCAGCAGGUUAUCAAACUAUUGGAGGACAAGUAUUAUCAGCCGUUCAUAAACAGCAGGUACUACAAUGAGAUGAUUGCGGCUAUUGAUUGCGACGAAGGCGUCACCGAGGUUGACUCCAAGGGCAGCUCGGAGGAUCGCCAGAACUCGGCGGAUUUGGAGAACAAUCUACACGUGGGCGAGCAUUCUAAUUAUGCGCGACGAAAGCUGAACCAAUUGCAGGAGAAGCUAAACAACAAAACUCAGGCGCUGCAUGCUCUUCAGUCUUCUCUGAAACCAGAAUCACGGGUGCUAAAAAUGUUGGAGAAGGAGGUGGAGUGGUUGCAGGGGGAGAAGAGGCAGUUGGAAGCGCAUUUGACUAGAACCGAAAUUUGGGGCGAGAAUUUGGGAAAAUGGAGGGCAAUAGUGCAAAGCGCCGAGAAGGUACCCGAUGAAAAGGAACCCCCGCAAUUUGUGAUUGUAGUCCAUAUGAUGGAAUCUGAUACGGGGAACGAAGAGCAAAAGAGUAGCGGAUGGGUCGUGUCGAGGACUUUAACACAGUUUCAAGAGUUGCACAGGAAGUUACGACCACUCUGCUCGGAUGUAAAGGGUCUGGAACUGCCAUCGCAGACUUUCAAGUUUCUUUUUGGAAAAUCUGAUAGAAACAGCCUGGACAAGGCCAAGUUGCAAAUACAAAAGUACCUGGAGUUCAUUUUGGAAGAUGACAGAUUGAAUCAGAGCGAGGCCAUAUAUUCUUUCCUCAGUCCGAGCUCGGAACAUCUCAAGCACACAGCGCCGUCCACGAAGAAAUCUAAAUUCUCAUUUUCGACUUUAUUCAAAAGUAACAAUGAUGCGAACGUCAAAGAGUUGAAUCUGAUCCGGGAUAGCGAGGAGGAAGACAUAUCACAGUAUUUAGAUGCGCCUGGCAGUAGCGAGCAGUCGGAUGGGUAUAAGAUGAAUGGCCAUUCCAAAUUGGGUAUAGAGGAUUCCAAAGAUACCAUAGCUGAACCUCUGUACUCUCUGAUGAGCGAGAUAUUCGAUAUGCGCGGUCUAUUUAAGUAUCUACGGAAAACGCUGAUCGCGUUUGUUCAGAUCACAUACGGCAGGACGAUUAAUCGACAGAUUUACGACUCGAUCACCUGGUGCUUUUCGGAGAAGAUGCUUCACUAUUACAUUACGCUGAUGACGAAGAGCUUUUGGCCGCAGGGAGAGCUCGCACCAAAAUCACCGGAAAGGGGUGAACUAGAGCGAAAAGUGACGGCGAACGAAGCCCGAAAGCUGUUUGUCAGCAACGUCCCCGAAGUGCUGGUAACAUUGGUCGGGGCAAGUGCGGCUCGGAACGGAGCCAGAAAAGUCUUCGACACCUUGCAAAAUAAAAAGAUGAACAAGCAGCUGUUUUACGAAUUGUUCGAGGUGUUCACAAUUAGGGCGUUUCCAGAAUUAAAUAUCGAGCAGCGCUCAUAAAGAACUUCGAGACCAAAUUAUUAAAAAAUCAUCAAAGAAAAUACAGGAAUAUACAAACCUCUGCCAAAGAUUUUCACCGAGCUUCAAUUAACGACGAUUUGAGUAAGUUAAUUAGUUUUAAACAUUGACAAAACACAACAAUGCUACUUAUAUCAAUACAUACAACAUAAUACUUAUUUAAGUGCCAUUCGCCUCUUUAAAAAUGUUCGCUGUGCUGCAAUAUACUAAACAAAAUAAUAUGCAAUUAGUGCAGAAUUCCAGUGAUAUAUUUUUUAGAAAAAAAAAAACAAAAUGAAAUAGUAAAUAUGAUUGACAUUCGAUAUUUCAUGGUGCGUGAUAUUAUCAAAAUCUAUUUUGUAUACUUUUUAUUAUUUUCUACAUAUCUUUUUUGUAAUUUUGUUAUUUAUUCUUUUAUGUUUUUGAAAGAAAUCAAACACCUUACUAUGUAUGUAAUUAAGAUGAACAAAUAACCCGAUUGAUAUUAAUGUAAUACCGUGCAACACAGAUUUUAAUCGAA